UUAAAAAGUACACUGCUUAGAAAGAAUAAUAAUUCAAAAGGCUCCCAUUCUAUGUGCUGCUCACAUGGGGCUGGGCGCGAGUCACACGCCAGAGCACUUUGAACUUGCUGGCUGCUGCUCGGACUCCAUUGAGCCUCCCAAGCACUCUGAAGUGCGGGAUCAGGGCUUGGGCCUUAUUGGCACGGCGACUGGGGGAAGGCAGGAAUAGCGAGCCCACGUUUCCUCGCUAAGCAGAACUUCCUCCCCUCCCCCGUACUAAGCCUACGCCGGGGCCGCUGCGAACAGGGACUCACGUUCUGCGCUCACCCGCUAUUCGCUACGAGAUGUCACUUAACGUGGAUACUGAAGAUGACUUCUAUCUGGAAGAAAAUAGAUUCAAGCAGUGUUGUGCAGAGUUAAUUAAACAUUCACAGCAAAUAGGAGAUGGUUGGGAGUGGAAAAGUAUAAAGGACUUUCCUGAUGGCUAUAUGAGUAAAACACACUUCCAAAUGAAAAAUGGAAAUAUCCCAUCAAUUUUCAAGGACAGCACUAAGGAAAGUGAUGAGCAAACAUUGACACAUGUUGAGGAAGCCCUGGAUGAUUCUGAAGUAGCCGGAAUCUGUGCAACAUCAGAAGUGAUUCGUUAUGAGUAUCAUGUCUUGUAUUCCAGCAGCUACGAAGUACCUGUGCUUUACUUUAGGGCAUGCUUUUUAGAUGGAAGACCUUUAACUCUAGAUGAAAUUUGGGAAGGCGUUCAUGAAUGCUACCGGGCUCGUCUGCUGGAGGGGCCCUGGGACACCAUUACACAACAGGAACACCCAUUACUUGGUCAACCAUUCUUUGUCCUUCAUCCCUGCCGGACUAAUGAAUUCAUGGCUCCUGUAUUGGCUAAUUCACAAAGAGAAAACAGGAAUAUGAACUACAUUACAUCAUGGCUGAGUAUUGUAGGCCCAGUUGUGGGGCUAAAUCUACCUCUGAGUUAUGCAAAACUAGUGUCUGAACAGAAUACAAAAACGGAUUAAAUCAAAAGGGCCCCAAGUUGAAGCAGAGGUAUUUGUGAAUUGUAGAGCUACUGCAGCCAUGUCUGCAACGGAUCUGACACAAACUACCCAGUUCCCUGCCAGUCAGCACAGCUCAAUAAGGCUUGCCAUUUGGGGCUUUUCCCCCUGGCAGCAACAUGCCUGAUGACAGCUGAACACCUAAGAGCUGGCUGCAAUUAGUGACACCUCAUGUUCCACCCGGACACAAGCUCCAUUCCAUGUGACAGCACUGACUCUUUACGAUUCACUUACUCAUUUCCUACCUCAGAUUCUCCCUCCUUUUUUCCUUGGGUUUGGUCUUUACUGAGACUAUAUCAGAACACCUAUAAAAGGCUGAGUUUUCUGGCAUGGGAUUGAAACAAUGGAUUUAAUUCUACUCUGAAAGAUAUCAGACAGCACCACUGUGUAUCUAGAGAAGUAUGCUAUCAGUCUGCAGACAUCCACAAUGAUGCAGUUAUAUAUGUGAACAUGGGCUUGAGUCCAAUUUAGGGUUAGUAUGUAACCUGGAGAGGAUAGUGACACUUAAUUGCCAAAACUCUGAUUGCCAGAUACCUCAGAGUGUAUUGGAGAAUGUAUUGUAUAUGUAUUGCUUAAUUGAACAAAUGGGUCAGAAUUAUAGAUGAAUAGUACUAAUAGUCUAUGUAUUGGUUACAAUUCUACAAUUCAGGGUGCCUUGGUACAAUCAUGUGAGCAUGCUGCUUCUUCCUUCUUCACUACUUCUAAAGGAUUUUGUCUCCAAGGGAAGGUACUGUUGUAGUAAAUUAGCAUUUCUGGUUGAGCUAGUAGUUAUUCAUGAGUAAAGGCCUGAUCCUGCAGUCCUAACUCAAGCUAAACUCCCACUCAUAUCAAUGGAGUUUUGAGUGAUUAGAGAUUGUAUAACAGGGCCCCAAGAUCAGCAAAAAACAGGCUAGAAAUAACUUUAGUAUGACAAUCAGUUUUGAUUCCUUCUGAAUCACGUUUUGUUCCAAGUGUUCUGAAUUUAUUUUGUACAGUUGCUCAGUAGAUAAGAAUUACAGAUUUUGCCUUUAUGUGUUCAGUGAAGAUGACACAGGGGGAGUCAAAUAUUAGAAUAUGUUGGAUCAAAACUGCAAAUGUAAAAUUUAUGGGAUUUAAAAAUCUGUGUUCUCAGAAGUUUUAUCAUCUUCAUGUUAUUAACUUAGUUGCAAUAUGUGUGUUUGUGAUGUGAAACAUAAUACAAUCCUUAAAAUGCUA